GAAAAAGAGUCUGAAAUGCAGAUUGGUUAUCCCACAGACGUAAAGCAUGUUGCCCAUAUAGGAUGGGAUGGUCAAUCGGUAAAUACUCCAAGCUGGAUGAACGAUUCGAAAGCACCACCCGGAUUCUCAUCGGCACCUUUAAGUCUUGGGGGAGAGGGUAAGGACGAUUCCUCAAUCAAAUUGGCUAAUGAAGAAUCGAGCAAAAGUGCAAGAUGUUCUCCAGCACGAGACUUGCCUGAUAUGCCGAAAGCAUCAAGACGUCACGCAUCCACAGGUUCCUCAGCUGAGACCCCCAUGAGGGAGAAACCAGAAAAGACUAAGCAAUCAAAAAAGUCAUCAAAAGGUGUAAGCAAGGGAUUGAGUAUUAUCAAAUCCAAUGAUUCAAGCAAAAGCCAAGAGGUUGAAUCACCCACCAAACGCCCUGAAAUUCCCAAAAAAUCUCGGAGGAAGAAAUCCAGGGACUCCAUGGAGGGAUCGUCUAGAUCUUCAAGAAUAUCAUCAAGGAGAGCUAACGGGUCCAAGUCGGAUUCAAUUUCUGAAUGUGGGUCAGUAUCCAGAGCAGACGAUCUUUGUCAAACUUCAGGAUUAAAUUCUUCCGAGGGAGGGGAAGACAAGGGAUAUAUAGGGAUUUCUUGA